UCACGGCAUUUUACUUUCUUAAUAAUGCAUUAUUAAGGUAGACUGCAACCAGAGCUGCUCUUAAACUGGCGCAGCGGUCAGUCGGUGUUCUUUAGGAACAUAUUUACACGGUAAACACGAGCUAACUUUAGCGGGCUAACGAGCACACGCACAGCUAGCGGUUAGCCUAGUAACGAGUGAGCUAGUUGUCCUGUGUUCGGGUUAUUGAGUUUGUAAAUAUCAUGUUGUCAUAACAUGCAUGGGUUUAAUGAAGCGACUCGUAUUGGGACGAGUAAGGUCAACAUUGUCACGCUAAUGCGUGUUUGCGGGUGUUAUAGCAGCAGCAAAGCAGUUAGCCUGGCUGUGUUUACACUGCAGCAGAACCAGUGUCCACAGUCGGGCUAACUUAAUUUUAAACACGGACAACAGCUGUUGUCAAGAUUUUAUUUCUCUAAACUAGUUUUGGCCAGUACACUUACACACACGCAUUAUUGUGCACUGUAAUAGUUUGAAACCGCUUCUCUGAAUAGUUUCCUGCAUGAUUUCAUGCAUGUGUGCAAGAAUGUUUACUUUAAAACUGUUGUUUUAGCAAACCGAACACCUCAAAUAUUAGGUGUGAGAAUCACAGGGUGAUUCACGGUACGAUAGGCAAUACAUGGUCCACGAUACCAAAUAAACACCCAGGCAUUUUUGAAAACAAUCAUACAACUUAAUGUUCAGAAAUCUGAACUAUCCCUUGUCCUCACGACCCACCUAAGAGAAGACAUGUAAAAGAGGAGAUGGAUGCGGAGUCCAUGGACGCUGUUUCAGAGGCAGAAGAAAAAGUGGAUGUUGUUCAGGGUUCUCCUCCUUGUCCAUCUGAACAAUUAGAGGAGGAUGCAUCUGUUGCUGCUGAUAAAGAAAUGGAAACUAAAGCAGAUAUGGUCCCUUCUCCUGCAUCUGUAGCUCCUCAAAGUCCAUCGCCUUCACAGUCGACAUCGUCCUCCACCGACCAGACAUUCAUGACAGUUUUAUUUCAUGGUGAUGAGCCAGAGGGGACAACUGUGGAAGGUUCCAUGAAAGAGGAAGAAGACGUAGAAAAGGACAACAGUGUUAAAGGUGAGGACACAGAGAUGGACACAACUUCUGAUCACAAGGAGGAUACAACAGAUACAACGUCUGAUCUCAAGGAGGAGAUGACAGACACAACGUCUGAUCUCAAGGAGGAGAUAACUGACACAGACGGUAACGUGGACCCAGACAUUGAAUCUAAGGAUACACAGGAGGACAGCGAGCCUCGUAGCUGUAAUCUGAGGGUCUCUACAGCUGCUGACCUGGACGAGAUGAUGGACAUUGGUACAGUGGAUCAGAUUGAACAAGAAGCUCAGAUGAAACAGGACGAGGAAGAGAGGGAUUCCAGCAGCCGCUCACCUGGAAUUUCAAACACAGUCUCUGGUGCAGAGGAGGAAGACGACAUCAAACCCACCAUAUUACCACUAGCACAAUCAGAGGAUCAAGAGGAGGACGUGAAGGUCGAUAUAGACAUGAUGCAGUCCAGCUCGUCUCCAUUGUCUGUAGCUGCGACCAGUACAGGAACAGGCAGCUCAUCGCCAGUGACCACUGUGAAUGGGAUGAAAGUAGUAAAACUGUCGUUGCCAAGAUUAGACACUACGGGAUUAGGGGCAGAUCAGACAGUCAAGUGUUCUCCGUCACCGCCUUUGGUCAAGGUGAAGGACGAGCCUGAAGACGAAGAGUAUGAGCAGGCUCUGAAUUCCUCCACAUCCACAGCCAGUGUGAAGGAGGAGCCAAACACGACCAAGGACCUGAAGAUCGGAUCCGUCUACUCUGUGACUCCUGCUACUGAGUCCCACCAACUGCCCGUCAUCCACCCGUCGUCAUCAUCGCACAUAUCCUGUUCCAACUGCAAGAAGACCCUGGUGAAGGGACAGACAGCUUUUCAGAGGAGGGGCUGCACGGAGCUCUUCUGUUCCACCCUCUGCCUCACCACGUCUCUGCCCAGCGUUAAAACAACCAACAAGAUCUGUAUCAACUGCCAAAAGGUGAUACUUCGUCCUCAGGACAUCAUCCUGGCACCAGAUGCUAAAGGAACUACGAAGGAAUGCUGCAGCCAAAGUUGUUUGACCUCAUUCAACUACAAGAGAAAGGCCUCCGCCAGUAAAUCAGCACAACCAAAAGGACCACAGUCUCUCUGCAGCAUGUGCAACAGAUUCUGCUCCAGCAAACACGAGGUGAUCCUGAGCGAUAACGUCCACAAGCUCUGCAGCGACGCCUGCUUCAGCCGCUUCCGCUCGCUACGCAACCUGGCCAUGGCCGGCUGUGCCAACUGCGGCUCCUACUGCCACAGCAAACCCCUGCUGCUGAAGAUGGAGGGCGGCAACAAAACCCUGUGCAAUGCAACCUGUCUGGCCAAAUACAAGGAGAAAACUAUGGUAACCCAGCCUUGCACCAUGUGUCGAACUACCCGUUUGCUGUCCGAGACUGUCGACAACAAAAACAAUGAUGACUCUGUGAACCUCUUCUGCAGCAGCAGCUGUGUGAUGGCGUUCAUGGUUCAAACAGUCAGUGCAUCAGGUGCCAGAGUGAGCUGUGAUAAUUGUGCCAAAAACAGUAUGCCAGCGUACCACCUGGCGAUGUCAGACACCACCAUCAGGAACUUCUGCUCGCUACCAUGUGUCAUGGCUUUUCAGGAAAAGUUCAAAAAGUCCCCCAAACAGGUGAAUGUUUUCACCAAGCUGCCUGUUGGAUCCUCACAAAUCCAGUCAGUCACUUCCACACAGCCCGAGAGAGACGUCUCCAAAGAGCCGCCCAUACUGGACUGUGGACAGUGUCACCGCAACAUCAACUUCAAACCUGAGAUCAUCCAGAUCAAGGACAAGAUGUUGUUCAUGUGCAGCGUGGAAUGUUGUCAAGAGUAUAAGACGGCCAACUUUGUGAUGAGCCUGUGUGACUACUGCAAGGUGGAGAAGAUCACCAGAGACGUCAAACGAAUCCACAAAAAAGACUGCUACUUCUGCAGCGACGGCUGUAAGCUCCUCUUCAAACACGACUUGGCUAAAAACUGGGGCAAACACUGUAGCUCGUGCGUCUACUGCCACUGUGUCUCCAAGAAGCUGGUGACGGCUCAGUACGGAGGCUCCACAGAGGAGUUCUGCUCGGAGGAGUGCAGGUCCAAAUACACCAUGCUCUUCUGCCAUGUCGCCAAGUGUGACACGUGCGGCUCCAAAGGGAAACUGAAGCAGAGUCUCCCUCUGCUGGGGGAGGUCAAAUACUUCUGUGAUCUGACUUGUCUGCUGCAGUUCUGCUGCGAUAAAGUGGCCACACAAGGUACAGUUGAGGACGACACACCCAUCAUCGCCAAUGUUGUCUCACUUGCAGGCCGUCCAGUGGAAAACAGCAAUUCUUCUGACCAGCAAAACACAAGGCAAACACGGUCGAGAACAGGCUCAAAGUCAAAGAACUCUACACAUACCAGUAUUCAGACUGAAAGGGCUCCUCCUCCUCCUCCUCAUCAAAAAAUACUGAAGAACAAGGCUCUUCUCUGUCGACCGCUGGUGCAGAACAAAGGAGUCUCGUGUAAGAUUCAGACGGCUGAUGUUGAAUCACAGACAGAUCAAUCUUUCCCAAGAAUGAUGAUUGUGCCUGUCCCAGUGCCGGUGUUUGUCCCUGUGCCCAUGAGCAUGUACAGCCAGUACACACCCAGACCUGUGGGCCUUCCACUACCAGUGCCUGUGCCCAUCCUCCUUCCUGUGACAACAAACAACGCUGAGCGCAUCAUAGACACCAUCAAGGAGAUCAAGGAGAAGAUCCCGUCAGACCCUUUCGAGGCCGAGCUCAUCCUCAUGGCAGAGAUGGUGGCAGAGCAAACUGAGGCGAGCAACAAAGAUGAGAAACCAAAGGCCAAAGUGGUGGAGAAGAAGACAGAGAGACAUGAAGCACCUGCGCCAGAUGACCAUACCAGUAACUACAGCGACGACUUGGAUACAGACGAAUUGGCCAGUUUUCUCAACAACUGGGAGGACAACUCCUCUGAUGCAGGAAUCAGGUCGCCGAGUCGACUGUAUACACAAGAGAAGCUCAACCCGAUGGUAGACGUUCCUGUGGGUCUCCACAACGAGCCUUACUCUGAGCCCACACCUCCUGCUCCACCUCCCAUGGACAUUGAAGCUGACUUCACAGUCGACACUCUGGAGAGGAUGGCCCUGCUGAGAGAGCGUUCCCAGCAAACUCCGAGUCCUCCGCCAACAGCCUCACGACGAAGACAAGCUCCCAGGAAAGCCAGAGAAAAGAGGGGUCGUAAGUGGCAGCGAUCAUCUAAAGCAACUGAAGAGUCGUCUCCGAAAGGCUCUUCCAAAAAGUCUGUGGCCUUAGAAACACCAAAACUGCAGAGUCAGUAUGGAGUGGACGCUUGGAAGCGAUGGAUCCAGUGGAGACAAACUCAGCCAAACCUGGCAAAGCCACGCGUUGGUUCACGUCCCAUGGAGUUAAAGGAGGACCUUCUCAAAUGCACCACAGCCGAGCUGAGUUACGGCCUGUGCUGCUUCAUCUCGGAGGUGAAACGACCAAACGGAGAACCGUACUCGCCUGACAGCCUGUUCUACCUCUGCCUCGGCAUCCAACAGUACCUGUUUGAGAACGGUCGGGUGGAGAACGUAUUCACAGAUCGCUUCUACCAAAAGUUCUCCACUGAGUUCACCAGUUUGCUGAAAGGCUUCAAACCUUCGAUCACAGCCAGUGGAUACGUUCAUUCCCGCGUGGAAGAGGAGUUUCUCUGGAAUUGUAAGCAGUUGGGCGCCUACUCCCCCACCGUCCUCCUCAACACACUGCUCUACUUCUGCUGCAAGCUCUUUGGCUUCACCACGGUGGAGCAGCACCGCCAGCUGUCCUUUGCCCACGUUAUGCGCUGCACCAAAACCAACCUGGACAGCACCAAGACCACAUUCCUGCGCUUCUACCCGCCGCUAUCCACAAAUGAGACAGACUCAGAUCCAGAGGUUCCAGCCAAGAGGCGUAAAGAGGAUGAGGGUAGUAAAGAGGAUAUUCUGGAGAUGGUGGAGAACACGGAGAAUCCCCUCCGCUGUCCUGUUAGACUCUAUGAGUUUUACCUUUCCAAGUGUUCGGAGUCAGUCAAGCAGCGUACCAAUGUGUUCUACCUUCUCCCUGAGCGCUGCUGCGUCCCCAACAGUCCGCUGUGGUUCUCGUCCACUGCGCUGGACGACAGCACCAUGGACGCCAUGCUCACCCGCAUCCUCACCGUCAGGGAGCUGCAUCUCACCACGAGGAAAGACAGAGAGACUAAACCCAACAGCACAGAGGACCCAGCAUUUAUACCUAACGAGGAGGAAGAGGAUGAGUCAGAGUGAUGAUGGAAGAGCAAUCACAAAAGAAAAAAAACAAAAAACAGAAGUGACCUUGUAUCGGUGUAGCAGUGUGUGGUGGAAACGGUUGUAGAUUAACUGAAAAGACCCAAGAAUCAUGAAUGAGCACUUAGAAGUCUCACAUACUGUACAUGAUGUGCUGAAUCAUGCAAACUCGGCUCCGGCUCACCAGGACACACAAGUGUUUAAUUUCACACCAUAUGGUUGCUUUUCAUCGAUAACGCUCCUUUUGUUUACUUCCAUGUGUUAUGAGACUGUGCAACUGUGUGUGUGUGUUUUUUUUGUGAUAGGUAAACAAGUCAACAUUGAGGAGCUUAAAAGCUACAAUUAAAAACAAAUGAGAUUAUUCUUUUUUUUUUUGCGUUUUGUAGUGAAUGUCCAUGCCAGGAGACGAGCUGAAAACAUUUCUCUCUAGUUUGUGUAAAAUCACCCGUGAAAACCCUCUCAUGUCAUGAUUUCAGUCCCUUGAUCGAAAAACAAACAAACAUUGGUGGCCAAUUUUUAUAUUAGUAUUGUUGGAAAGCAUUUUAUAGUCUAAUAUCUUGUUGUUUGAUUUCUUUUUCAGACAACUUUACUUUGAAAAGAUUAAAGGUACAUUGUGUAAAAAUUUGAGACGUUGAUAGGUGAAGUUGCAUGUUGUUGCUGAAUAUCUUUCACCUUUCCAUUCCAAGUGGAGAAUUGUUGUAGCCUUCAGAUUAAUCGAAUCUCAAAAGAGCUUUAGUUUUGUCCAUUGUGGGCUAAUGUAAAAACAUGCUCAUUUAAAAUGGAGGGAUAAAUUUAUGUAUAUAAAUUUAAGAGGCUGAGAUAAUGCAGCAACAAUCAGACAUUUAUACACUUACAAAAAAGUGUAAUUAUUGUAUCUUUAAUUUCUGCCAAAUCAAACAUGACUUCACUUAAAUUUUACACACUGGACCUUUAAGUCACUAGCCUUUAAAACGAGUGAGUCUGUAAUUUAUCAUCUUUCAUGUUCUUACUGUUCACCGCAACCCUUGAAAGUGGCUGAAUUUUGAUCACCGUUCAUGAGAAAAUGUUUGGAUUGAUUUAAACACAUUGAGUAAAAUCUUUGCCGAGAUUUGAAUGCCAUUCAAUUUGAGGAAAAAUUGUAUCCUUUACAAUUGAAUGUGAUGAUAGCUGUUGAAUGUGAUGAUAGCUUUUGAGUUAUACAUUUGAGAAUGCUGUUUCAUCUAGAGCAACAUCCUGAGACAUGGACAUUUCUGCAAAAUUAUGACCCUACAAGUUCAUAGAAAUAAUAAGAAGAAUGGAAAAACAACACUCUCUUCCCUCAUGUACAUGUUGGUUAUAUUAACCCCCACUUCUCUGUAUAUUUUCUAUUGUAUGUUGUUUUUAAAUAAAAAAAAGUUAUUCAAAACAA